AAACGAGCUGCCGUGCUUAUAUCACAAUAAAACAGUUAUUGUUUUCAAGCCAGUCUGAAGGCAACAUACUGUAACCGACACCUUACAAACACAGACAGGUAAGCAGAAAUGAGAGAGCUGCCGCUGAUCGUUACUAAUCCGAUUAUAUGACCUGAGAGGACACGACAUGAUCAGCUGAGAAAGAAAAGGGACGAGGCCAGACAAGCCGCUCUAUACUUGCUUCCUUACUUCUAGAAAAUGCCUCUCUUUAUAAACCGAGACCAAAUAUUUGCACAUCAGGUACACCUGCUGGAGCACAAAUUAAGGAGUAAAGAGGAGAGAAUACUUGAACUGGAGACAGAGAAUGCCCUUCUUCAUUUAAGAUUUGCAGAGGUGAGAAGAUCAUCUUUGCCUAAAGCGGAAUUCUUGUGUUUGGGUAGACAGCGCCAUGAAGAGGAAACCAAGGCUCUGCCCCAUCAUCAGCUCCAGAGUGAUACACAGAAGAUAACUCAGUCAGCCCUCAUCAAGCUCCUCUCAGGGCUUCGGGCUGUGAAGCAGGACCUGAGUGAAAUAUUUUCAGUGUGUGUGAGCUUUGCCACUGAGUUGGAGGAGCAGAGCAAGCAGCUCCUGGAGAAAGUAGAGCAAGCCAGCUCUUGUCUGAAUGGCCACAGUGAAGAUGAGUUUCAGAAUUUGCAGGCUCGUGUUGCAGCCCUGGAGCGCUCUCUGGAGGAGGAAAGGGAGAAUUGCAGGGCAGAGAGGCAGAAGAGGAAAGAACUUCACAACAUGCUGGUGGAGCUCAGAGGGAACAUUAGGGUUCACUGUAGGGUGCGUCCAGUUCUUCCCUUUGACCACACUGAGUCCUCCACUUCUGGAUCAGGGUCAUCAGAGGAAGUAAUCCACGCAAUCAGUGAUGACACAGUGAUGGUGAAUUGCAUGAAGGCGGGGAUGCUGGUGCAAAAUAAAAUGUUUGAGUUUGAGAGGGUGCACGGACCGGAGGAUUCCCAGGAUGCUGUGUUUGAAGAAGUCAAGUCACUUCUCACAUCUCUGCUGGAUGGCUAUAAUGUGUGUAUCAUGGCAUAUGGGCAAACAGGCAGUGGAAAGACUCACACCAUGAUGGGAUCCCAGUUCCUGGACGAGCUCUCAGGGACACAGCAGGAGGCACAGCAGGGUAUUAUCCCUAAGGCUGCUGCUGAGCUCUUUUGGCUGAUCUCUGAGAAGCCAGCAGAAAGUCACACAGUAGAAGUGUCAGUUUUGGAAGUGUACAACAAUGAGGUGUUUGACCUGCUGGCCAGAGAUGAAAGGAACGCCGCUGGCCAGCGCCGGGACGUCAUCACCACUGCCUCUGGUGCCAGCCAGGUCCCCUCCCUCACAUAUGAGCCUGUGAAUAAUGCCGCCGAGGUGAUGCAGAUUAUUAGCAGCGUUCAGAAGCUCAGGGCUCACUGUCCCACCCUGGUCCACACCGACUCAUCACGCUCUCACCUCAUUGUCACCCUCAUGGUUUCCUCCAAGAGCCCCAAUGCAGUGGCCCUGGCCCGCAGGCUACAGAGUGCCAAGAUGGACAUGCGGCGCUCCACCCAGAAGGAGUGGUGGAGUCCACGUUGUCGCCGUGCCAACCUCACCACCCGCAACUCAUCCGACGAACUCUCUGCAAGUCCCGCGUCCUCUCCUUGUUCGACCCCUUCCCUUUCCCCCUGCCCCUCCCCGCGGAACAGCAUCUCAGAGACGCCAUUCAGGACAAAGCUUCAGCUGGUGGACCUGGCUGGUAGCGAGUGUGUUGGUAUGUCUGGAGUUUCAGGUGCAGCUCUCUGGGAGUCAUCGUGUAUAAACCGCAGUCUCUCGGCUCUCUUUGAUGUCCUGGGAGCUCUGGCUGAACACAGACCACACGUCCCUUACAGGAACAGCAAACUCACUCAUCUGCUGCAGGAUGCCAUAGGUGGUGAUGCCAAGCUGCUAGUGAUGCUCUGUGUCUCCCCCACCCAGCGCUUCAUCACGGAGUCCCUGCAAUCUCUUGGUUUUGGGACGCGGGCACGCCAGGUCCAAAAGGAGCCGCCCCGAAGAAAAAAUAACAGCCUCAAAGUUAAGUAAGAAAGCAAAGGAAGAACUGCAGCACAGAUCCUUUAUGAGUCAUUGCAACAGAAAGAAAGGUGAGGAUGAGGGUUACAAAAAGAAGCAGAUCAUCCAUGCUCACGAUGAGGUAUUUUUGUAUGAUAGUAUUAAGAACUUCAUACUAGCCUUAACCAGCGUAAGAGGAUCUUCAUUGCAGUUAUUGGAUGUUGUGUUACUUUGUGUUGGACGCUCAGAUUGCAGAUCAUGCUUUACCCCUCCCAUAAUACCAGUUUCCUUAAUAACUGUACAAGCAUCUUUCAAGUAACAUACAUAUUUAUACAUUUAAGUAGAAUUAAAAGUCUGAAUGUUUUCUGAAAGUGCUGAUCCUUUGUAAUACUGCGUGCAAUGAAAUUCUUGCAAUGCAUGUGUAGUUCAUGAUAUACAAACUUAAUAACUAUGAGAAUAUUUUAUUGGUACUUUAUUAAUUUUAGUCUACAUUGCAGCUAAAGUAUAAAAACAUAGCAGCAGUAAACAGAACUGUACUGUAUGUCACAAAAGCUUCUUGAGUCCUAAUAUAUUCUCAUGCUUCACCUUCUCUUUUUUUCCCAGCGUUUAUGUUUAUACCAUAUUUAUGGGAAUCACACGCUUUUUGGUUACAUGUUAAAAAUCUUUCAGAAGCUACAAUAAAAUAGAAAAAUGUGUCAGUAUUAGAAAUAAACAGAUGAUAUGCAUUUUUUUUGUAUUAGUCUUUUCU